GGGCAGCUGGUCACCGGCCACCCAGGGUCGGGGCCCCGGCGAGAUCCAGGGUCGAGCCCCGGGGAAGGGUCCACCCUCCUUUCAACCCCACCCCAUCCCUGAGAUCGCCGGCGAGACAGAAACAGCCACCUUCUUCCUGGUCCUUCCAGGCCUCCCAGGAGAGCCAAGGGCGGGUGUAGGCGGCAGAAGGGAACGAAUUUUGUAGCUCCGACGGCCCUGGUGGCUUCGGGUGUGGGGGCACGCCCAGCUAAAGCAGCCCGUCAGAGCGGAUGCAGCCGGCGCUCCCGCGUCUUGGUGGAUCCUGGUCGGAGCGCAGCUGUUCCAAAGGGAGGUGAGGGGUGGAUCAACAUGGUCCCCUCCGACAGCCGGACCGCCUAGAGCCAGCCGUGCUGAGUGAGCCUUCACCGAGCCCAGGAAGCCACCUGCCUAAGAAGAUGCCUGCCUUCAACAGAUUGUUUCCCCUGGCUUCCUUCGUGCUCGUCUUCUGGGCCAGUGUGUGCUUCCCCGUGUGUGUGGAGGUGCCCUCGGAGACUGAGGCCGUCCAGGGCAACCCCAUGAAGCUGCGCUGCAUCUCCUGCAUGAAGCGGGAGGAAGUGGAGGCCACCACGGUGGUGGAGUGGUUCUACAGGCCCGAGGGCGGCAAAGACUUCCUGAUUUACGAGUAUCGGAAUGGCCACCAGGAGGUGGAGAGCCCCUUCCUAGGGCGCCUGCAGUGGAAUGGGAGCAAGGACUUGCAGGAUGUGUCCAUCACUGUGCUCAAUGUCACCCUGAAUGACUCGGGUCUCUACACCUGCAACGUGUCCCGGGAGUUUGAGUUUGAGGGUCAUCGCCCCUUUGUGAAGACCACACGGCUAAUCCCCCUCCGAGUCACCGAGGAGGCUGGAGAGGACUUCACCUCUGUCGUCUCGGAAAUCAUGAUGUACAUCCUGCUGGUCUUCCUCACCUUGUGGCUGCUCAUUGAGAUGGUAUACUGUUACCGGAAGGUCUCAAAGGCUGAAGAGGCAGCUCAAGAGAAUGCGUCUGACUACCUUGCCAUCCCAUCAGAGAACAAAGAGAACUCUGUGGUGCCAGUAGAGGAAUAGAAGGGGUGUGACUCGAGGUGACUGGAGCCCUGAGGGACCGGACACCCCAGGUGUGGUGAUGUCCACAGCCUCAGGAGGCGCAGCAGAGGCCACAUUGCUUCCCUUCGUGCAUUCACCCUUUAGUUUACACAUCACACCUCCACUCACCACUGACCCCCUAACUGCAUCUGACCUCGACACACCUGAGGACUUUGCCAGAAUGGAGGAACCAACAUUUCUACACAGACUCAACCUCUCCUCAUCCUAGCUUUUGAGCAAGCAGCAUCCAUGUCCCCUGGACUUCUCCUCUGUGCUCCAAAUGACUUUGUACAAGUGCUGGAGGUGACAUGCGCCUCUGUCCGUUGCUGUCUGGAACUGGCUCAUUCUCUGCUAUUGCAAGUGAAUGGAUCUUUUUAGUGGAAGAAAGCAGGAGUGAUUAGGUUAAACCAAAAGAGUGUCAUGAGGUAGAAUGUUUUGACAUCAGUUUUUCCAAGGCCUUGAAAACCUUACUAGAGUGUCAGAGCAAAACAUGCUUUUCUAGGUUCUCUACUGAUAGAAAGUUCGUUCAGCAUGGACUAAAAUGUUCUCUGGAGCUUGGUACUCCAGGGCUAGAACUCAUUAGGUUUCUAAGGCCUGGGUAAGUUUCUGUCCUUCAGGAAGCCAAGGACAAGAGACUCAGGAGGGAUUCAGUAAUUUAAGUGGCUAUUGAAAUUCACACAACACAUUCACGAUCCUAUUGGUAUGUAUCUUCCCCUACCCAAAGUGAACACAGCACUUGAGAUGGCUGGGAAGCAUUGUUUCCCUGAGGGCACUGGAGCUGAAAUUCCAAAGUUUUUCCUUGCAGAAUCUUGUGGGUAUUAUUACUCAAGGCACAGGAGUCAGCUGAAGCUCAGAGAUCAACUGGACUUCAGAGGAUAAACUAGAGCAGAUACAAGCCUUAGAUGCUUCCCAGGUUAAACUUCCUAAAAUGGGUAAUUUUGGUUUUGAAGACUUUGAAAUUAAGAUUGGCUAUGGCCAUGCCUCUUCCACAAGUAUACAUUGAGUGGAUUGCCUGGCUGAGGUUAACUCUGAUUCUGGUAGCUAGAAGUUGGCUGAAAAGGCAGAGAGAAAGACAUGAAGUAGACUUGAAGAACUUCCUCAGUGAAAGGAUUUGUGAGGCUGGAACAUCCUGCAGAAGAAAGCAUCUUGGAAUGAUAUUUAUGAAACCGGGAUGAUAAACAAAUGAAUGAAGUAAUAGGGGAGGGAUGGGCUAGGUAGCUUCAUAAUAGUUUACCUGUGAACCCAUAAUGUCCAGGGUUUGUUUGUUUGUUUGUUUGUUUUUACUAGAUUUUGGGAGGGCAGAUGAACACUAGAUAUUAGUCAAAAUCUCAUGUUUCAUUUUGAUUGACUGAUUUGGUUAAGCAAUGACAUCCUUCAGCACUUAGUGAUGAGAUGGAGAAGGGUGCUUUAAGAAAUAUAAGAUGAAAGGGACUGGGAUUUGAUGAAGGAGAGGUCCCUUAGAUCUGGAGGAAAUUAUGGGGGAACAUCAUAUUCCACUGGCUUUGGGCUUGAUCUGACAAACUCAUUUUUUCAUCUCUUCCAUCCCUGGGGAAGUACUUAAAUAUGUCCUUGUUCACAUCUUGAAGAAAAUACUCUCAAUAAAUUCAAGGCCCCUCUCCUUGGUAAUUUCCCAAAGAAUCUCUCAGGGGACAGCAGAUAGAGGUUUCUGAUUCUACAGUUGGGAAGAUAGGGCUGACUAACUGAGGUCUUCCUGGCCACGGGGCAGCUUGACCACAGAGCUGGUGGCAGAAGCAAGCUCCUUACUUACAACACCAUUUUCCUCUUGGUUCCAGUGGACCAUGCAUCUACCUUGUACUCAAGAAAUAGGCACGACUGCUUUCUUUUCUUAAAAAAAAAAUAACAACAAACUCAAAUGUUUCCUGGGUGCUUUUAAUAAAGCUGAAUGAUACCUAUUAUUUAAAAAAAUUCAUCCUUUAUAAGUAAUCUUCCCUAUUUUCAUUUUUUAAUUUCUCGACUCGUUUCAUCCUUAAUACUUUCAUUAGAACUAUGUGGUUUACAAAGCAUUUUCACUUCAAGUAUCUUAUUUCUUCCCCACAACUAGCCCUGUGAGAUAGAUAUUACUGAUACUCAUGUUACAAAUGAAGAAACAGAGGCAAAGGAGCUUUAUCAUACCCUAAAGUCAUGCAGUUUGCAACUGGAGAGCUGGAACCCAGGCCUUCUCACUCCCAGCCCACUUCUCUUUACUCUUAGAUCAUAGUUGCUUCCUUUCCUCUCAUUUUUUAACUUGCGUCUUAUCUUUGCCUCUCUUGCUGUCCUGAGAUAUUCAUCAUCUCCUCUCACCCCAAAUCCCACUCAACUCCUUCUCUACUACUUUGCUUCUUGGCAGAUACUAGAAAUGUGCUUUUAGAGUCCGUCUCAUUUUGAUUUUACCUUUAUAGUUGGUAUGCAUGUCACUUUCUCCUUAAUUGCAAUUAAACUUCCUGGGAGACUUGAUCUUGACUAUAAAUCUGCAAGGUACUGUGAUCACCAGCCUACUUCAAAUCCUCCCCCACUCCAUUUCUCCCCACAUUCCCACAGGGGACCCAGACUCAAUGUGCAUUGUUCUGGAAGCUUUAUCUGCAUGCUGUUCUUAUUAAAGGGCUUAGAAAUGUUCUCAAGGGCUAUUAUCACUUUAGGAGCCCAAUCUAUUGUCUUGGUGCUGGAUACUUCCCAUGACUGAUCCUCAACAACAGUUCUCUAAAGGCCAAGCUAGGCUGGGUCUCAUUGUCUCUUUCCUACUGCUUAACAGCCAUGAACUUGAUUGCUCAAUUCAGUUGACCCCAUAAGCACUCUGACCUAGUGACCUCUACUGUUAGCCCAGUCUGGUACAUCACAGUCCCAACCCUGUGUGGAAACACCUUGAUAGUCAGUGCCUGUCCCCACCCCAACCUUCAUUUCCAGUCUGUUUAAAAAGCAUUGUUCUUUAUAGUUUUUCUAUCCCCACUUACACACUCAGAUUUCUGAUUCUCUGAGUUUCUGGUUUCUCCUUAGCCACACUAGAAAUGUUAGUAGGAAAGGAAAUUUUCAAAGCAGGAAUAUGCUGGAAACAUGUGCAGAGCAGUAAAUGGUUCAAAGACAGCAGCCCCACCCCCAAAACUACUGGAUCCAAUUGGAAAACACACUGUCCCAGUUUGUGAGCCCACCCAACAUACACCAGAGGGCAAGGCUAUGUGCUGUAAACUGCUUCUUUGCAGGAAGCAGCAGCAAGAGCUAGACACACUUCAGAUACAUAUACCCUGGUUCCCCUUUCUCAAGUUAACACAGAAAUGAAAUAGAACAAACAAAAGAAGCCUUCCUCUUACUACCUUUUAUAAAUGAAAGAUCUUUAAUGCCAUAUAUUCAUCUAAUCCCUGCAAACAUAUGUGAAUAGUGUCUGCUGUGGUCAUCACUCUGGUCGCCCAUUCAUCCCACACUGCAGCACCCAUUGUGUCUAGCACCCACCUACACCCUCAGUGUGCCCACAGUUUUGGAUUUGAAAAAUAUCCUCAUGCAAGACUUUCCUAAUUUCUGAAACUCUACUCCGGUGAGUAACUCAUGUUCAGUUUCCCCCUUAUUGAGUUUAUAGUAGGGCCCAGUAGACAAGUACUUGAAACAAGUCUGAGCUACUUAUCAGACUCCAACCCCAUCACAGGCCAGCUAAGCCUCAAAGCCGGUAACUCGGGGAGUCAGAAAUGCACGAUGGGGGAGACUACUGAGGAACAAGAGUUCGGUUUGUGAAACUCCGUCAAACACAAGUAGCAAACUUAAUUUCUCAGCUGGUGGGACUCAUAUUCAUGCCAUCACCUUCACAGCGCUUUUUCUUGAUGUUGCACAGCCAAUAUUUUUCUGAACAUUGGAAGGGUUGCUAAGCACCCAAGCUUUCAAUAACUUCACGCUGGUUAUGUAGUGUUUUCCAGAAAACUCCCUAUUUGUGUCAAUAAAGUG